UCUUCACAGGUAUGUAUUUUCAAGAUAGUAUCUCCAACCAAAGGAUGGAGGAAGAUUCUGGAAAAAUUGUUCAACACCAUUAAUGAUUUGAAUUUCACGAUCGACAAGAGAAGUAAAACGGUAUACGUAUAUGGGAAAGUCGAUCCACAGAAAAUACUCGAAAAGAUUACAAAGGCAGGCCAAAAAGCAGAGAUUAUAUGGAGCGAUGACAAAAGCAAAAAGCCAGUGGAAAAUCGAAGAAACCAUUUUAUGGAACAAGAGUUCAUGAAUGCUCCUCCAAAUGGUUUCUCCAGUCAUCAUCAACAACAACAAAUCUCGUAUCCUCCUCAACGAAAUCAUCAUCAUCAUCAGCAACAACAAUGGUCUCAUCCUCAACCAAAUUUUCAACAACAAAAUCAAUGGUCUUAUCAUCAACCAAACAUGAUGAAUCAGUUUCAACUGCCCCCUCAAAGUUAUGCUCUUCCCGCGCCAUAUAUACAGCAGCUUCAUCCGCAGCCGGCGCCUCCACCACCGUACACGUAUCAGCCGAAGGAGCCUGUGGCUAAGAGUUUCCCACCGACACCACCUCCGCCUAAAAACUUUGUCAUGGGAGAUUUACAAUGCACGAUCAUGUGA